ACAAACGAAUGUUAGAAGAUGACACUGACAGAUCUUCUAGUACAGUAAUUAAUAAUUUCCAGGUGAUAAUAUUCUGAAAAUCCAUGUGAGACGAAGAAACGUGACAAAAUUGGAAAGUCAGAAAAAGAAAUUGUCCUUUAUUUUUCGAGACAAAUUUCAUUUUAUAUUGAAUCUACUUGUUUGAAAUCUACUACUUGUUUGAAUCUACUUUCUGCAAGGUUAAAAUGGAAGUCGAUUCCGAGAAAAAUACAAAUAAUGUAAAUCCUGGCAGAGUUUUAAGAAAGAGGAAAAAGCAGGCAUUAUUAGCAAACAGAGUUGUGAAACGUAGAACGAACAAUGUUCGUGCAACUCGAAGUAAAAGAAAUCGAAGACACCGAUCAUUAGAUCCACCCAAAAAAGAUAAAUUAUCAAAAGAUUCACACGGUUUAAGGCCAUCGACGUCAAAUUGUAGCCUAAACAGUGUUAUUUAUCUAGGAUACUACCGCAAAGUUCCACAGUUAAUUAUUAUUGAUGAUAACAGUGAUUCAAUUCAAAAUCAAGGUAAAGAUCGAGGACAAUUAAAAUUUACAGAAGGCCAAAAUGAAUCGACCUCUUCUCCUAAAGAUCGAGAUGAUGUGCAAAGUUCGGAUCGAGUACCAAAUAAUUCGUGGAAUGAAACAAAAGAUACAACAAAUUUAUUAGAUCUGCUUAACGAGAUGUAUGUCGGUGCCGGAUAUAAAAGAAUUGCAACAAGAGCAAGAACACGCGAAUGUAAAAAUUAAUAUAAGAAAGAAUUAACAAAGUACUGGAAAGUUAAUCAAGCUUCAGGAUAUGCUCCUCUGUCUGAAACUCAAUGCUAAAAUAAAAUAAAUUAUUAUUGGAACUGCACUUCGUGGGAUAAGAAUAUUGCAAAAUACUUUUCACUGAUCUUAAAUUUUAAUGAAUAAUUUAUUCUUGUAAUUUGAAAUUCUUAAUUUAAGAAAUGAUGCUACUUAAUUUAAAUAUAUG